CUUGGCUAGUCAAUUCGAGCGGAUCUCCCUCUACGAUCCUGCUCAUGAGAUGUUGGAGCGGGGUGGCUGUCCGGCGAGCCAGAUCUGGUCUACGUCAGGAUUUUUCAAUGGCCACAAUCUUCCCCCGAUACCGGUGGAGGAGGCCGAGGAGUGUAUUGCUCUGACUGUCCUGAAGGUAGCUCAUUAUCUUAUGCUCAUAAUUCACUCUUUUCUUUGCUUGAUAACUUAUCAUGUGCUUAUAUUUUACUUUCUGAUCAUUAGGCGGGAAUAUACAGCCUGAAACUCAGAGAGGCCAGGCAGGCAAAAGAACAAAGCCUGCUGAUGGCCAAAGAAACAGCUGAGCAGGCAGUGGAAGCUGAACGGCGAGCAUUUGCCGAGGAGCGGAAGAAGCUAGGAGCUGAGGCCGGGGAGCUUCGUGUCCAAGUGGGCUCUCUCCAGGCCAAAAUUGCGGCAGCUGAGGCCGCUCAGGUCAAGUUUUCUGAGGCUCCUCCCCAAAUCCCGGACGGCCCGGCUGAAAUGAUAGUUGAUCUAUCUGCCGUUCGGGAUCAAUUCAAAGCUUCCGAGGAGUUUCUGGCUCUCAAGGAAGAAUACGCCACCGAACAGCUCCCUGCUGUUUUCGGGAGGCACUUGGAGAAACUGGCCGGAGAAGAGCGCCAGAAGGAGGGGAUCAGGGUGCUUGAUCAGCAUUCUGUCACCAAGGAGUGGGCUGAAAACUUCGCCCGCGGGGUCUACAGCUCAGGUUGUCAACAUAUGCUUCAGCCCCUCCUCCCCCUCAUAGAAAAACAUAUGGGCCGAGCGGUGCAACCCUCUGACUUUCCCGCUGAUCUUCAUCCCGAUCAUCUGAACGCCCUGAUGGCUCAGAUGAAAAAGUGCCGGCGAGCCCUGGGGAUGGAUGUGGUGCAGAUUGUUGACGAAGCUGAUGAUGAAGAAGAUGAUGAAGAGGGUGAAGAUCAUCCCGAACAGUAGAUUAGACAUUAUCUGUAUUUCCUUUCCUUUGAAUCAGUAGUUUUUUGUACUUUCCGGCCAGUAGAGCCGAUGAAUAUACAAUUUUUGCCUGCUCAUCUCGUCUUUGUGACUUCAUAUUUGUUUUUCACUUAUCAAUUUGCCUCUGCAAUACGUUUCAUGUUGCUUUGUUGAUCUCCGUAAUCUGAAGCGAUCAGGUCUCCGGUUUGCGUCACCCCUUCGCUAAGUCCAGAAUUUAGGAUUUUAAUAUUGAUCGACCUGUUUAUUCGAUAUCAUUCAUAAUGAACUUCAUAGUUCAUUAUGGAGUAUAAACUAUGUUUCUUCCUCUGUUCGGGGUAUAAACUCCUGUACUGGGUACAACCAUCCUGUACUGGGUACUAUGUUUUUUUUUUUUUUUUUUUUUUUUUUUUUUUUUUUUUUUUUUUUUCAUCUCAGCCUCAUGAUUGCGAUGUAAGCUGUUCGACCCUUCCCUAACACCAAAGUUGAGGUGCGAGCUGUUCGAUUUAUCUCCGUCUGUUGUUCUUUGUUUCCUGAACGCGCAAGACAUAAUCUUCAACGCCUGCUGCGUCCCCGAGCACCAUGUUUCAG